CACCCUUAAAAAUUGGCAUUUGCCACUGACAACACUAUUCACUGCUCAUGCGCUCAUCUCUUCAAGAAAAUUAACUCAAUGGCCAACCCCAUAUAUAGAUAUAUAUUGCAGAUGUCAAGAGAUAGCAGUGAAAGAGCAGUUUCCUCAGUUUAGCAGACUUCCUCAUAACUCAGUGCACUGACUUGAGUUUUCAAUCACCAAAAAAAAAAAAAAAACUGCCACAUUUCAGAUUAAAGCCAGAAGUUUUCAUCUAAACCACCGAUUUUCAUGCACCCUUUAUUUAUUUUUUCCACUCACUAAAUAAAUAUAUAAGUCCAUGGGUUGUUUCAAGAAACUGAAACAAGAGUAAAGUGUGGAGAAAAGGGGGAAAAAGGGACUGUGGGAAAGAGGACAAAAACCCACUACUAGGUAAAAAGUUGCAGUAGGAGCACUAGAAGAGUGAAUCAGACCUUUUAAUUUUUAAUUUAUUUUUAUGGGGUAUUUUUUAUUUUUAUUUUUGUUGAUUUAACUUUUGAUUUGUGGGUCUUUGUCUGCAUGUAAGGCUUUGGGUCUUUAUGAUGCAAAGAAAUGGUUUUUUGCUGAAAUAAUACAGUGUUGUAAGUAUUACACAAGAAACAAAAGAGGGGAAAAAAAGUAAAGAGGGAAGAGAGAAAAGAUGACUAAUUUUUUGUUGCUUUUGUAAAUGUUUAGUCUUGAUGAUGACUAUUGAGGUCUCAUGUCGGUUCUUAGAUAUGAUGGAUUCUUCUUGCUGAAAGAAAGUUGCUUUAUUCAUCCCUUCUUUGGAUCCUUACUUUCUGGUACAAAAUAGUUUCUGGGGUUGGUUAAAAAUUGAAUCUUGAUGGUAGUUUUAAGCUGAAAUAAUCAAGGAAGAUCUUUAUGCUAAGGAAAAGUUCAAGAUCAAGAAUCUUUUAAGCAAGUUAUAAUGGCAGAUUAUAGUUCUUUACCAUCUCCAAUGGAGAAUUCAAGAAAAACCUCUUCCUCUUUUUUUGGUUCACCAAGGUUGUUCACUUGUUUUGCUAGUAAGGGGUUUCCUGAUACUGAGUCUAUUAUGAGUCCUACUUCAAUUCUUGAUAGUAAGCCUUUCACUGCUUUUAGAAACCCCUUUUGGUCUGAUUCAAACUCAAACACUCCAAAAUCCCCUAAACCAGAAAGUAGAGUUCAUUUUCAGAAACUUGACUCAAAAGGGGUUGGUCUUGGCCUUGUUGAUGCUCUCAUUGAUGAAAAAUCUGAUUCUAAAGAAUUGAAUUCUGUGAGUAGAAUGGUUGUUCUUGGUUCACAAUUGAAGAUUCAGAUCCCUACAUUGCCUCCUCCUUUCAAUUACCCUACUGAUUCACCACCUUCUCCUGGUGAUUUUGGUAUCAAGACUAGAAAUUCUCAGUUAGGUUCUUUAUCUCCUGGCUUUUCUCCAUCUCCUGUGAAGAAAUCUCCAUUUGGGUCCUCAAAUUCUAACAUAGACAUCCCAAAUUCACCAGGGGCUUUUAGUAGUCUCUCUGCUGCUGAAAUGGAGCUUUCUGAGGAGUAUACUUGUGUAAUUUCAUAUGGUCCAAAUCCAAGAACCACUCACAUAUUUGAUGAUUGCAUUCUUGAAAGCUGUUGUGGUGUUGUUAAGUACUCUGCAUCAAGAAAAGAAAAUGAGACUUUUCCUAUUCCUCCAAUGAGCUAUCCAUCUGAGAGUUUUCUCAGCUUCUGUCACAAUUGCAAGAAGAAUCUUGGAAUAGGGAAAGACAUUUACAUGUACAGAGGUGAGAAGGCAUUUUGCAGCAGUGAAUAUGCAGAUACAAAGAAAUGAUGUUGGAGGAAGGAAUGGAUAAAUCAGAGACUGAUGAUAAUGUAUUUGGUAUUAUUUCCUAAUAAUAAUAAUAAUAAUAAUAAUUGAUGAGUGAUAGCAAGUUUUGUCCUAGUAGCAACUUGCAAGGUGUUAAAAGAGUAUUUGCAGAUUCAAAAACUGUUUUUUGUAAAUUGGAUAAUUGAAUCUGUUUAGAUGUCUCUUGUCACUUUUUUAUUUUUAUUUUUUUUUGGUUUAAGGGGAGUAAGAAAAUGUCUUUGUUGAGGAGGAAGAAGAAGGCUAAUGAGAUAAUAUUUGAAGUGAUUGAUGAAAUUUUUAUUUUAUUGAAAAAAAAUAUUGUAGUAGGUGAUUAUGGUGUCUGACACUACUUUGGAUGCUUUAUUGAAAGUUUAAUAUAAAUUAUGUUGAUUUAGAGUAAA